AGUCUUUUUCAUAUCAUCCAACCCUUCGGCUUUUUAAAACAAUGGCGUCCUACAGCCCUGCACCCACGGAGGACCAGUCCUCAGAGGUGUCCAACGGAAACCUGAAGGCGAGCAGCUCGCAGGAGUCCAUGAAACUGAAAAAAGAAAUAUCUUUGAUCAAUGGCGUAUGUCUCAUCGUGGGAAACAUGAUCGGCUCCGGGAUCUUUGUCUCACCCAAAGGCGUGCUGAUGUACAGUGGCUCCUAUGGGUUGUCUUUGGUAGUGUGGACAAUUGGUGGGAUCUUCUCGGUGUUUGGGGCCCUCUGUUAUGCUGAGCUCGGGACCACCAUCACCAAGUCGGGUGCUAGUUACGCCUAUAUCCUGGAGGCUUUUGGAGGCUUUUUGGCUUUCAUCCGUCUUUGGACUUCUCUCCUGAUCAUCGAACCCACCAGUCAGGCUGUGAUAGCCAUCACCUUCUCCAAUUACAUGGUGCAGCCCAUCUUCCCUACGUGUAUAGCACCCUACGUGGCCAAUCGUCUGCUGGCGGCAACCUGCAUAUGCUUGCUGACCUUUGUGAACUGUGCUUAUGUAAAGUAUGGCACACGCGUUCAGGACUUCUUCACCUACGCAAAGGUCAUCGCUCUCAUCGCUGUCAUCAUCACUGGUCUGGUCAAGAUAUUUCAGGGUUACACACAGAAUUUCGAAGGGCUCUUCACAGGUUCAUCUCAGGAUCCAGGCGAUGUGGCUCUGGCCUUGUAUUCUGCUCUCUUCUCCUACUCUGGAUGGGACACGCUCAACUUUGUCACAGAGGAGAUCAAAAACCCUGAGAGAAACCUCCCGCUGGCCAUUGCUAUCUCCAUGCCCAUUGUCACAGUGAUCUACAUUCUGACCAAUUUGGCUUACUAUACAAUCCUGCCCAUUCCUGCCAUCCUGGACAGCGACGCCGUGGCUGUGACAUUUGCAGACCAGGUAUUUGGGUAUUUUAACUGGACAAUACCUGUCGCCGUUGCCUUCUCCUGCUUUGGAGGAUUAAACGCUUCAAUAGUCGCUGCAUCAAGGUUGUUCUUCGUGGGCUCCAGAGAGGGCCACCUGCCAGAUUACCUGUGCAUGAUUCACGUCACACGCUUCACCCCCAUCCCUGCCCUACUCUUCAAUGGGGCCAUGGCUCUUGUGUACCUGUGUGUGGAAGAUGUCUUUAAACUGAUCAAUUACUACAGCUUCAGCUACUGGUUCUUUGUGGGUUUGUCUAUCCUGGGACAGCUGUACCUGAGAUGGAAACAACCAGACAGAACACGACCUCUAAAGCUCAGCCUGUUUUUCCCAAUUAUAUUCUGCCUCUGCACAGUUUUUCUUGUGGUGGUGCCUUUAUAUAGCGACACCAUUAACUCAUUAAUCGGCAUUGGCAUUGCUUUAUCGGGAGUGCCCGUCUACUUCCUGUGCUGCCAUCUACCUGCCACACGUAGGCCUAUGUGGCUCAGGAAGUUUAUUGCAUCUUCAGGUAUCCUCAUUCAGAAAGUGUGCUACUGUGUUCUUACCGAGAUGGACAAAGUAGAUGAAAAAGCAGAGUAGAAGUGAACGAUGCACUGACAGGAAAACCGGGAUAUCUCUGGACAUGCAAUACACGAGCUGCUGAAUCCACACUGGUUUACACAGAUGUCGUUUAUUUUGAUCAGAUGUCAGGUGAACCUCCCUUCCCCCUUCAAAUCAAAGCAAGUCCUUUGUAUUUAUUAGAGAUAUUUAUGCUGGUUUUACCGAGAACAGUAAACCAACUCAAGUAUGAAGAAACUACCCUUGGGGCUUGGUAAGACGAUGAAAUUAUAGCACUGAUAAGAGGAAUUAUUUACAGACAUUCGUACCGUUGCUUUCAAACAACAAUAAACCUAAAUCUUGCACAUUAAUUGAACAUAAAUUUAGAAGCGUGUACACUGAAAGUCUAAUAAAACACACUGUGUGUUGAAGAAAGGAAUUGCUACUACAUUACAGGUUUGUAUCUGAAUAUUGAAAACAGUAUUUUCCCUGUUUUAUUUUCUUUUCUAAAGACUGAAAAAACAAAUACAGUGUUAUUAUGGAUUUGUGAUAAAGAACAGGUUGAAUAAAAAAAAAAAAAAGUAAAUAAAAGGACAAAUUAUGCAAAA